GUAAAGAAACUUAGGAUGCAGUGGUACGAGCGAACACUACUAAAAUCUUUUGGUUUUAAGAUUAGAAGAGGUUGUGAAUUAAUGGCGCGCGGCUACCCUCCUCUCGAUCAGCUCCCAUGCACGCGCAAGCCCUAAUUAAGGAGCACUAUUUCAGAAGACCAGAGCUAGACAUGCGGCGGAUGAUGGUGGAAAUGUCCCUUUCCGACCAUGCGGCGGCUAUGGCGGCUCGGGCCAGUGAUGCCAUAUCAUUGCAGCAUUAAGGAAGUCUUUCUUCCAAAUGCUGGUGAUGAUCGCGGCCCUAGCCUUGGGAAACUUCAUUGGGGGGAGCUUGAAGAAUCAGGGGCCAUUCAUGCUUUUGAUCUCUCUUUUUGCUGCAUCGUCAGUAGCCAAGGGUUUGAUUGUUUGCAUGUUCAAGUUGAAGAGGGUUGGAAGGGAGUGGGAACACAGUUUGGACAGCGGUGGCAUUGGUCGUGACUUCCUCAAGGGGUACUACAUCAAAGCUUUCACCACAACUCUCUUGACUUUGAUGAUGAUUCCCAUUCUGCUGCUGCUGUUCCCAUAGAUCGAGCGCCCUACUCUAUAUCACCAUG